UUUGGUUUGCUUAUGCAUCUCAUUUUUAGAAUGGAAAGAAGACAUCAUGUUUUCUCUGUAGAUCUUCUUGAAAGAUAUGCCACAAAAGGCCGUGGAGCCAUUACAUGCAUGGCGACUGGCAAUGAUGUCAUCGUUCUUGGAACUAGCAAAGGCUGGGUGAUCAGACAUGACUUUGGAGUUGGUGAUUCUUAUGAUAUAGAUCUUUCUGUUGGCAGGCCUGGAGAACAAUCAAUUCAUAAGGUUUUCGUCGACCCUGGAGGGAGCCACUGUAUUGCCACUGUUAUUGGCAGUAGUGGUGCCGAUACAUAUUAUACUCAUGCUAAAUGGACAAAGCCUCGUAUUUUGAGUAAAUUAAAAGGUCUUGUUGUCAAUGCUGUAGCCUGGAACAGACAACAUAUAACAGAAGCUUCAACUAGAGAAAUCAUUUUGGGUACGGACAAUGGUCAACUUUACGAGAUGGCUGUAGAUGUAAAGGAUAAAAUGGAGAAGUACAUAAAGUUACUAUUUGAACUUAAAGAACUACCUGAGGCAUUCACUGGUUUGCAGAUGGAAACAGCAAGUGUGCACAAUGGUACCAAAUUUUAUGUGAUGGCUGUUACACCUACUCGACUUUAUUCUUACACAGGGAUUGGAUCGCUUGAUGCUGUUUUUGCAAGCUACGUGGACCGCACAGUUCAUUUCAUGGAGCUUCCUGGUGAAAUACCUAACAGUGAACUGCACUUCUUUAUCCAGCAAAGGAGGGCUGUACACUUCGCAUGGCUUUCUGGAGCAGGUAUCUACCAUGGUGACCUAAAAUUUGGAGCACAACAUAGUUCGCCAAACGGGGAUGAGAACUUUGUGGAAAACAAAGCUCUUCUGGACUACUCUAAAUUCUCUGAAGGAGUUGAAGGUGUCAAACCUAGCUCUCUGGCUAUAUCCGAGUUUCAUUUCCUACUUCUCAUUGGUAACAAUGUUAAGGUGGUGAACAGGAUAAGUCAACAAAUAGUAGAAGAACUUUAUUUUGAUCAGACACCUGAUGCAGUUUCAAGAGGUAUUAUUGGCUUAUGUAGUGAUGCCUCAGCUGGGUUGUUUUAUGCAUAUGACCAAAAUUCAAUCUUCCAGGUGUCUGUAAAUGAUGAAGGCCGCGACAUGUGGAAAGUGUACUUGGACUUAAAAGAAUAUGCUGCAGCUUUGUCUAGUUGUCGUGAUGCCAUGCAGAGAGACCAAGUUUAUCUGGUUCAGGCUGAAGCUGCUUUUGUUGACAAGGAGUUCCUCAGAGCUGCAUCAUUCUAUGCAAAAAUUAACUAUGUAUUAUCUUUUGAAGAGAUCUCGUUGAAGUUCAUUAGUAUAGGCGAACAGGAUGCAUUGAGAACAUUUCUCCUACGCAAGCUUGAUAAUCUUUCAAAGGAUGAAAAGUGUCAAAUAACAAUGAUUUCAACAUGGGCAACUGAAUUAUAUCUUGAUAAGAUCAAUCGUCUGCUUCUGGAAGGUGACGGUGCAUUGGACAGUAAUAAUACUGAGUAUCAAUCACUCAUUAAGGAGUUUCGUGCUUUCCUAAGUGACUGCAAGGAUGUAUUGGAUGAGGCAACCACCAUGAAACUACUAGAAAGCUAUGGUAGAGUUGAUGAGUUAGUAUUCUUUGCUAGUCUAAAGGAGCAAUACGAAAUUGUGCUUCAUCACUACAUUCAGCAAGGAGAAGCAAAGAAGGCGUUACAAGUUCUUCAGAAGCCUAAUGUUCCAACAGAACUUCAGUACAAGUUUGCGCCAGAUCUCAUCAUGCUUGAUGCAUAUGAAACUGUUGAGUCAUGGAUGACCACUAAAAGCUUGAACCCGAGAAAGCUCAUUCCUGCAAUGAUGCGUUAUUCAAGUGAACCACAUGCAAAGAAUGAAACUCAUGAAGUAAUCAAGUACCUGGAGUAUUGUGUUCAUCGUUUACAGAAUGAGGAUCCUGGCGUUCACAAUCUGUUACUUUCCUUAUAUUCCAAAAAGGAAGAUGAGAGUGCUCUUCUGCGUUUCCUAGAAUGCAAGUUUGGUAAAGGACAACCAGGUGGUCCUGAAUUCUUUUAUGAUCCCAAAUAUGCGCUACGCCUUUGCCUCAAGGAAAAGAGAAUGCGAGCUUGUGUUCAUAUAUACAGCAUGAUGUCUAUGCAUGAAGAAGCAGUUGCCCUAGCACUACAGGUUGAUGUAGAGCUUGCAAUGGCUGAAGCAGACAAGGUAGAAGAUGAUGAGGACUUGAGGAAGAAGCUUUGGCUUAUGAUUGCUAAGCAUGUCAUUGAGCAGGAAAAAGGAACUAAAAGGGAGAAUAUACGAAAGGCAAUUGCUUUCCUCAAGGAAACUGAUGGUCUGUUAAAGAUUGAGGACAUCUUACCCUUCUUCCCAGACUUUGCUUUAAUUGAUGACUUCAAGGAAGCAAUUUGCUCAUCCUUAGAGGAUUACAAUGAGCAAAUUGAAAAACUAAAGCAGGAGAUGAAUGAUGCAACCCGUGGUGCCGAUAACAUUAGAAAUGACAUUAGUGCUCUUGCUCAGCGAUAUACUGUCAUUGAUCGGGAUGAGGAAUGUGGGGUUUGUCGGCGGAAGAUAUUAAAUGUGGGUGGUGAUUAUCGAAUGACUACAGGUUAUAUGGCUGUUGGACCAAUGGCUCCUUUCUAUGUCUUUCCAUGUGGGCAUGCGUUUCAUGCACAAUGCCUGAUUGCUCAUGUGACUAGGUGUACUAAUCAAGCUCAAGCUGAAUACAUUCUGGAUCUGCAGAAGCAACUUACUUUACUUGGUGCUGAACCGAAGAAUGUGUCAAAUGGUGGCUUGUCUGAUGAACCACUAGCUAGCGUGACGCCCAUGCAUAAGAUCCGGUCACAGCUGGAUGAUGCUGUAGCCAGUGAUUGCCCGUUUUGUGGUGACCUUAUGAUCCGAGAGAUUUCUUUGCCUUUCAUCCUUCCAGAAGAAGCAGAAGAAUCUGAAUCGUGGGAGAUAAAGCCACAUAAUCAUCCUAGCAGAAGCCUUUCUUUGGCUGUGUGAUUAUAUUAUCUGUUAGUGCAGGUUUCUCCCUGCCAUUGCUUGUUUGAGGUUUUUGGCCAGAAAAAGAAAAAAGCGCCUGUUUGAGGUGCCAAAAAGGAUUGCCUGUUUUUAGUGUAAUUUAUCAGGGUUGAUAGUAAUUAUUGUAAGAUGAAGCUGAUGCAAGAAACAGGGGCAUGCUGAUUGUAGGGGC